AUGUUGCACAUACGAGCAUUAAAAAUCGCAGAACAUACGAAGUUCAAUCCUCUUCAGUGUUCUAGGAAACUCGCAUUCAAACACAACCAAAUCAUACUAAAGAAAGAAAUGUCGUCCGUCGUUGGCUUCUAUAUGCCAACUGUCUCAUACUUUGGUGAAGGUGCUCUUGAUGAAGUUGCUGACUAUAUCAAGAGCCAAAAUUUCAAGAGACCCGUUAUCAUCACUGACCCAGGUAUUUCCAAGAUCGGUCUUACAGAUAGAGUAGCCAGUCUUUUGGAAAAACGUGGUAGUGCAGUAGGCAUUUAUGACCAAACUCAGCCAAACCCCACAACUAGCAACGUCAAUGCUGGUCUCGUGGUCUUGAAGGAGCACAAUGGUGACAUUAUCAUUUCCAUUGGUGGGGGUUCCGCACAUGAUAAUGCCAAGGCUAUUGCUCUAUUGGCCACUAAUGGUGGUGAAAUUGGUGACUACGAAGGUGUGAAUAAAUCCAAAAAUAAGGCUUUACCAAUGGUUGCUGUCAAUACUACCGCUGGUACUGCUUCUGAAAUGACCAAAUUUACCAUUAUCACCAAUGAAGAAAAGAAGGUUAAGAUGGCCAUCAUUGACAACCACAUCACUCCAAGUGUCGCCGUAAAUGACCCUAGUAUAAUGUAUGGUCUUCCACCAUCAUUGACUGCUGCAACAGGUUUAGAUGCUUUGACACACUGUGUAGAAUCAUAUGUCUCAACUGCUGCUAAUCCUAUCACUGACACAUGUGCGUUGAAGGGUGUCGAGUUGAUUCAAGAACACUUACUUAACGCUUUCGAAAAUGGUAAAGACACUACCGCAAGAACUGGUAUGUGUUACGCUCAAUACCUUGCAGGUAUGGCUUUCAACAACGCCUCUUUGGGUUAUGUUCACUCCAUUGCUCAUCAGCUUGGUGGUUUCUAUCACUUGCCUCACGGUGUUUGUAAUGCCGUGCUAUUGCCUCAUGUUCAGUCUUUUAAUAAAAAGGAUCCUAGGGCCAACGAGCGACUAAGCCAGAUUGCUCCUCAUUUGGGUGCAAAAGACGCUACUGCUGAUGCCUUGGUUGAGCGUCUUCUUGAGUUCACGAAGAGCUUGGGAAUUCCAAGAAAUUUGAAGGAACUUGGUGUCAAGGAAGAAGAUUUCGAGAUUCUUGCUGAACACGCUUUGAAAGAUGUUUGCGGCUUAACUAACCCAAUCCAGUUCACGAAGGAUGAGGUCAUUGCAAUAAUUAGACAGGCUUAUGAAUACUGA